AUGGGCAAUUGUAACAUCAUGAAGUAUAUGUUGUCAUCUGGCGCCAUGUGGCUCUUUUGGAUUAGACCUAUUGGAGCAGUGGUAUGUGAUUUCAGCCGCCCACAGGGAUUACUUGAGAGCAAUGCUCUCGUCACGUGCCAGAUGGACAUUAGCUACUUUGACGCUGCAACUGUGAUAUGCCCACGCCGAGUCAACGACACCGAAUAUGUGUGGAAUCCUCAAGCGGCAUUGGAUGGUCACGGUCGUCUCAAUGCAUAUGUGAGUGAUGAAGGAACGUUUCGUUCUGUCGCUCUUCCCGAUGUCGUGCGUACUGAAUCCGAUGAUAAACUCUUCUGGAUAGGGUCCAACAAUUCACAAACGGAAUUGCAUCUAGAUAUUCCAAUUCACGAAGUGUUCGCCAUAACCGAAGGCCGUUUGAUAUUCAUCUGUGGGCCGCAAGAUUUGGUUCUGAGUUAUAUAUUGCAACGUCACCUUGAGCGCCUUGGUGGCUUCCCAGAAAUGCAAUCGUUCCCAUGGGUGCCAGCCACGCCACUGACCGAGGAGAUAACCAAGAUAGGGAACGCUUUGGGCGUGGUUUUCAUGAACAGAGGAAAUGCGCAUCUACCCCUCCAGGGUUGUGGCAGUCGCCCAUCGCCACUCUUCGCUCCGGGUAAUGAGGUAACUGUGGACCCCAUCACAGGCACUCGUUCGUGUGUGGCAGAUCCCAUGUCGGAAUCACCCAUCGGAUUUGUUUGCGAAGGCCGCCUUGAACCUGAGGAUUGUAUGAGGUCCCUCAUUGACGAGAGUGGAGAAGUUGUGGCUGCCCCCGAAUCACACCCGUAUUGGAGUUUUGUUGACCAUCGACCUUGGGUGAUAGCGAAAUAUUUUAAUGACUUCGCAUUACCACCAUUCUACGGAGAGUGCAUAUGCAUGGAUUCCGAAACAGGUCAGGUGAAGGCGAAGAUAGAGAUCCGUUCGAAAAACGAGUACGUUUGCGACAUUGCAAGCAUGAUUGACCACAAUCAUUUGAACACCAUACGUAGUCCUUGGUGUUCGGUGGUUCUUCAUCCAGGCAGCACAUUGACAAUAAAAUUGCCAACACAGCAGAUAAACUCGGCUUCUACUGGCAUGACUUCCGACUAUGCCGACAAAGAUGUAGAUAUGGAUGUCGACGAGGAUUUGUCGACUGUCGCAUUUUCCCAACUGCCGCCUGCUUAUGAAUACGAGACUGAAUUCCUGCCGAAGGACAUGACGACACUAAAUCAGCUAAGUGUACCUUAUGUUGCUAUUUACCACGAGAUAUCAUACCACGAAGUCCUAGCUGGUGAUGCUCUUGAGCUGGAUAUUUCCCAAAUGUACCGUGGCGAAAUAAAACUGCAAUACAAUGUGGGCAAACCUCUCGCUUUACGAAGCGGCUUAAACUCGUUCCGUUAUCAUUUGACAUUGACAUCUACGAACGAGAAUGUUCCAAGUACGAUAUACGUCAUUGUAAAUAUAUCUUUCGCGUUUACCCAUGAGUACGGCAUAAUUGGUUGCGACCGGAGGUCACAAGGAUCGUUUGAUCAGGACAUCAGCAGACGUUAUUGUUCUAUGAAGUCUGUGGCUAACGGUAUUGGGGAUGUAUACGAAUGUUCUUACAAUAAAACCUGGAAUAUCUCAUGGGCCGGUAUUCACUGUACCCCAGAUGAAACGCUUUUGCCAGGCGAUUGUGAGUUUGCAGCGUACGAUCUAUACUCAAACAGGAUUAUUCCAUUUCCUGCGUCUGUGCGUCAUGCGACAGUAAACCCUAUUCCAGGAUUUCAAGUCUUAGGCUUUAAACUCCACAACAACCCCGCCAGUUAUGCUUGCAUUUGUGUCGAUCAACGUGGAUACGAACGGUCUAAGUUGAUUAUAGAGUGCAACCAUCAAGAAACGCAUCGCUACGCAGUACGUCGCGAACUGGCAUCACACACUCUGCGUCCUCACUUAUUGAUUCCUUGGCAUGAAGCUAGAUUAUCAAGCGAAGAGCAUACAUUACCUAAAUCUCUUAUGUUACACCAUGUACAACAGAAUACCAUUACAAUACAGGCAGGAACAACGUUGAUGCUGUAUUGUGAAGUCGGUGUGGAUGUCUUGGGACUGUUUGACGAACACGUUGACAUUCAUGCUAAUCCGAUCAGGAAGGUGCUGAAAUGGCUACCCGAUCAACCUGAAGAAUUUUAUUAUACCGCCAACUAUAAGCCAAAUGGGCCUGAGCUUGUUCGCAAGAGAUACAAAGAUUCAAUAGCUACUACUUCGGAUGGUUUUCGAGUCGUCUACGACAUUAGCACUGCAAACCAUGGAUAUGAAACAUUAAAGAUUAAAUAUAACAGACGCAGCAUAUUGGUAUCAAAGGACCUGAACCACAAGAAAUAUGUGCCUAUUACAUUUGUCUGCGGUAAGACGCCCGAACCAUCGGAUUUGUCAAUCGUCACCGAUAACGUCCAAUCGUCGAAUGCAUUCGUGCAGGACAUUCCCCAUAUCAUAGGAUUGCCGGAACAAUAUACGUGGCAUGUUGUCAAUGUUGCCGUCGAGACUACGGACCCGUACAUGCAAGGCUGCGGAGUUACAUAUGAGUCCACUGACCUAUUCAAGCCGGAAACACCCCAACUCUAUGGCGCUUACGGGCAGCCUCAGUUCGGCUGCAAGAUAGACCUCCAAGCUGCUAAGGAAGCGGCGUUUUACUGCCCAGCACCGUAUCUCCUGGACCCACCCAACUGCUUCAGCCAAGUUUACGUGGACGGUAUAGUGAAGAACACUCGUGACCUAAGCCAGUCGUUGGUAGCAUCUCAAUCCAACCACUUUGUAAUUCUGAGUUUUGAUGGUUCUCUGGUAGGACCUGGGGAGACCCUGCGCCAAACGCCUCCGUUGGAGUGCCGAUGUGUCACCGUCAGGGGUAUCGUUCUCUCAACCAUCCAGAUCGAGAAAUACUACGCCAAGUAG